AUGGGUGCUACUCGCGCGCAAAAGGAAGUUUACUUCACCAAACUAAAGGAGCUCAUCUCCAAAUAUCCCUCCAUCUUCAUCGUCAAUGUUGACAAUGUUAGCUCCAACCAGAUGCACCAGAUCCGUGUUGCCCUCCGUGGCAAAGGUGUCGUCUUGAUGGGCAAGAACACCAUGGUUCGCCGUGCUCUCCGUACCAUCCUCUCGGAGAACCCCCAAUUCGAGCGUCUUCUUCCCCACGUCAGGGGUAACAUCGGUUUCGUCUUCACCGAUCAAGACCUCAAGGAAGUCAGGAGCAUCAUUGUUGCCAACAAGAUUGCCGCCCCUGCUCGUGCCGGUGCUUAUGCCCCCAAGGAUGUCUUCGUCCCCGCCGGGAACACCGGUAUGGAACCCGGAAAGACCUCCUUCUUCCAGGCCCUCGGUAUCCCCACCAAGAUCGCUCGUGGUACCAUUGAAAUUUCGACCGAGGUCCAGGUCGUUACCGCUGGUAGCCGUGUCGGUUCAUCUGAGGCUACUCUCCUGAACAUGUUGAACAUCUCACCGUUCACGUAUGGUAUGACUGUCGUGCAAAUUUUCGACUCUGGAAACGCGUUCGCUCCCGAAGUCCUCGAUAUCGACGAGAAGGUGCUCAUUGACCGCUUCAUGUCCGGUAUCCAGACCAUUGCUGCCAUUUCAUUGGCCCUCAACUACCCGACCAUCGUCUCGGUCACGCACUCGCUUGUCAACUCGUACAAGAACCUUAUUGCUGUGUGCUUGGCCACCGACUACAUGUUCGAGGGUGCCCAGAAGGCCAAGGAGUACUUGGAGAACCCUGACGCAUUUGCUGCCGUUGCCGCACCUGCUGCCGCUGAGGCUGCACCCGCUGCUGCUGAGGCCGAGGCUGAGGAGAAGGCUGAGGAGAAGGAGGAGUCUGACGAUGACAUGGGUUUCGGUCUCUUCGACUAG